CACACAUUUAGGAUAAAGGAGAGCCUAACCGCCUCCUUCACCGCCUUCCAACAUGGCGGCGCCCAUUGCGCGGUCAUGCUGCAGUGUUAGUCUAUUGAAAUCACACUUCCUAUACAGAAAGACCACUUUAACUUCUUAUCUGAGAGUUUUAUUUCACACUUCCGCAUCCACACGAACCGGACUCCUCUCGACCCUAUAUAACCGGGGCAUUCUGAAGGAGGCGUUCCCGGAGAAAGCGGCUCAGGUCGAGUUACCGGAUCUGCUCCGGUCCGGCCCGCAGACCGUCUACUGCGGCUUCGACCCGACAGCGGACAGCCUGCACGCCGGCAACCUGCUCGCCAUCAUCGGCCUGCUGCACUUCAGAGACGCGGGUCAUGACAUUAUCGCGCUCCUCGGCGGAGCCACGGCGCGGAUCGGCGACCCGAGCGGGAAGACGGCCGAGAGAGAGCGACUCUGCCCGGCCACGGUGGAGCGCAACGCCCGCGGGAUCCUGGAGGACCUCCAGCGGAUCUUCACCAACCACGAGCUUUAUUUCAGCUCAGACCCGAGCAGACUGGGUCGGGUGACUGUGUUGAACAACUCGAGCUGGUAUAAGGACAGACAGGUGGUGGAGUUUUUAUCGGAGGUGGGCAGGUACUUCCGGAUGGGCACGAUGCUCAGCAGACACAGCGUGCAGACGCGACUGCGCAGCGCAGACGGCAUGAGCUACGCUGAGUUCUCUUAUCAGCUCUUCCAGGCCUUUGACUUCUAUCAUCUGCACCAGCUGCACGGCUGCAGGAUCCAACUGGGCGGAACCGAUCAGCUGGGAAACGUCAUGAGCGGCCACGAGUUCAUACACAAAAAGACAGGGGAGGACGUGUACGGUUUGACCAUUCCUCUGGUGACCAGCUCAGUGGGAGAUAAACUGGGGAAGACGGCUGGUAACGCUGUCUGGCUGAGCAGAGAUAAAACAUCGCCCUUUGAGUUCUACCAAUACUUCCUCCGCCUGCCCGAUAACAGCGUAGAGGGGUAUCUUAAAUUGUUCACUUUUCUACCGCUGGCUGAAGUGCAGAAGGUUAUGGAACAGCAGAGACGAGAGCCGGGCAAGCGGACCGCUCACAAACGUCUGGCCGCUGAGGUCACCAAACUGGUCCACGGUAAAGAGGGUCUGGAAAGUGCCAAGAGAUGCACAGACGCUUUUUAUCACAGUGAUAUUCAGGCUCUGGAACAGAUGAGUGACGUGGAAUUACAGGAGCUGUUCCGAGAGGCUCCGUUUCAGGAGGUUUUUCUGGAUCCGGGAUCGACUGUAUUAGACGCCUGCAGGAGGGCAGAAGCCAUUCCUGAGGGUCCCCGCGGGUAUCAGAUGAUACAGGAUGGUGGUGUUUGGAUGAACCACCAGAGGGCAGUAAACCCAGAGCAGAUUCUGAUUCCGGGUCAGCACAUCCUGGCGAAUGGACUCAGUCUGAUCCGAGUGGGCAAGAGGAACUUUUACAUCCUCAAGUGGCUCAGUAUGUGAUUUAUUAACCAUCGUCCGGUCCACCGAUGCCUUCCAGACAUCCAUCCAUCCAGAAAUGUGUCCAGAAUGUGAAAUAAUCAAUGCGCACUUGAGUUUUCCAGUGGAUGCUGUGUUUAAUAUGACAUUAAUAAUAAAACAGUCGUGUAAUUCUGAA